AUUCAUUCUUCUUCUUCUUCUUCUCUUUCUCUCUCCAAAAUUAAGGCCAGAAUCGACAAAACCAAAACCCACAGCAUCCACCAUGCACGACGGAAAAGAACUUUCACAUCCUUCCCGCACUCAAUCCCCUUCAAUUUCCCCAUAGGCACAUGCCCUCCCUCCCUCCCUCUCCAAUCCCCCCAAGAGAGAGAGAGAGAGAGAGAGAGUGAGUGAGAGGGAGAGGAGAGAGAAAUACGAAGAUUAACCAAAACCCAUUUGAGCUCCAUCCGAAUUCCCAAGUGGGUCGCAACAAAAUCACCCCAUGAACCGUUUCUUGAUCAGAUUAUGAGAAACAGAGCACCUCACCCCAAAAUCAAAAUCCAAUGCGUUUCUCCAAUCCAAACCCUAAAAUCAACUCAUGGGUUUUACUCCUCGUAUCCCUGUCAAUAUCUCUCCUCCUCUCCCCUUCCCUCUCCGACCCGCGAAUCGCAGUUGCCAGCGUAAUGUGCGGGCACUCCAACGUCACGGCAGAAGCCUUGUUCCCUAAUUUCGGCAGCGUGAUGGAGCAUUUAUCCGAAAAAAUAAUGAAACAACAAUGGGGUUUCUACUCCGUUUCGGACCCAAAUGCCCCUGUAUUCGGCUUCGCUCAGUGCCAUAAGGAUUUAUCAGAGGUCGAUUGCCAACUCUGUUUUGCAGAGGCAAGGACGAAAAUACCCCACUGCCUACCAGCCUCGCGAGGCCGGAUUUAUCUAGAAGGGUGUUUUAUCAGGUAUGAUAACUAUGAGUUUUAUGAUGAGAGUGUGAACGCGAUGUAUGAUUCGAAUUUGUGUAGCGGGUCGAAUAAGCGGUUGAAGGGGAGGGAGGAGGGGGAGGAUUUCGGGAAGAGGGUGGAGGCGGCGGUGAUGAGUGUGACAGAAGAGGCGUUGGGGAGCAGGAUGGGGGGUUUUGGGGCGGCGGAGGAGAGGAGUGGGGCGCCGGGGGCGUAUGCGUUGGGGCAGUGUUGGAACACGGUCAAUUCGACGGGGUGUGGGGUUUGUUUGGAGGAUGCGUGGAGGGAGGUGAGGAAGUGCUUGCCUGCGGCAGAAGGGAGGGCGUUGAAUGCCGGGUGUUAUUUGAGGUAUUCGACGAGGAAUUUCUUUAGUGAGGUGGAGUUGACGAUGGAUGGUGAUUGGCUCGGGUACUCACAGAUCGUUGGAGCAUCAAUAGUAGGGUGUGCCUCUCUUGUACUUGCUCUCUUAGGUGCCUACAUAGGAUAUAGCAGAUUUUCAAAGAGGAGAGAUGGGCUUGAGAAAAUUUCUCGGGUUCCAUCCGUGGUGAAAAAAUCUGAAUUGAAUUAUAAGUAUGAAGAGCUUGAGCAAGCAACUGAUUUCUUCAACUCCUCAAAUAAACUAGGCCAAGGAGGCUCUAGUUCUGUAUUCAAAGGGACCCUCUCUGAUGGUAGGACUGUUGCUGUAAAAAGGCUGUGUUUUAGUACAAGGCAAUGGGUGGAUGACGUCUUCAAUGAGGUGAAUUUGAUCAGUGGAAUUGAACACAAGAACCUUGUGAGACUUCUGGGUUGCAGCAUCGAAGGCCCAGAGAGCCUUCUUGUUUACGAAUUCCUAGCCAACAAAAGCCUUGAUCAAGUCCUCUUUGAUAAGAAGAAGACUCAAAUUCUCAACUGGAAGCAGCGUUUCAACAUCAUAAUGGGAAUAGCGGAGGGGCUUGCAUAUCUUCACGGAGGUUCCCAAAGGAAAAUUAUCCAUAGAGACAUUAAAAUCAGCAACAUUCUACUUGAUGAGAAUCUCUCUCCUAAGAUAGCUGAUUUCGGGCUUGCUCGAUGUGCUGCUGCUGAUAAAUCCCAUAUUAGCACAGGAAUUGCAGGCACAAUGGGAUAUAUGGCUCCUGAAUAUAUUAUUCGAGGACAACUGACAGAGAAAGCAGAUGUUUAUGCUUUUGGGGUGCUGUCUCUUGAGAUUGCAUGUGGUAGAAGGAACAACACUUUCUGCCAUGAUUCAGGCUCAGUUUUACAAAAUGUUUGGAAGCAUUACAAGGCGGGAAGUAUCACUCGAGUUCUUGAAUGCGACAGCUUGAAAGGUGAUGGAUUUCAAGAACGAGAAGCAUCAAAUGCUCUUCAAAUCGGGCUUCUAUGCACGCAAACUUCUGCCGCAUUGCGACCAUCCAUGUCUGAAGUAGUCCGGAUGUUAACUGCCAAAGAAAGUGAGACACGGAUACCUUCACCGAAACAACCUCCUUUCCUCAAUGCUAGCGUUCUAGCCCCGACCGACUCGACCAAGUUGUCCUCUUUUUCUACCGUGAAUACUACAACCUCAAAUUGGCACACAGCAAUUGAUGUCUCCGAGCUUACGUCCCCGUCUAGCAUUGCGUCAGAUGAUGCUAUAGUGAUUCAAACGUGCGAGCCGAGAUAGAUUCUACUCAACUCUUAACCAAAAUCCGAGAAAUACUUUGUUGAGGACUUGAUUCUGCUGCGUAUAAGAGACAGAGGCUCCUUUCCAUGAGGGGCUAAUGGGUGAGACCUCAACUUAUUUUCGUGCAUGCAUACAUGUUUUUCUGCUUUGGAGGGUGGGAAAAAUUCAAUUCCCUCUCCUUUUUUUUUUUCCCUCUCUCUCUGAACUUUUAAUAUUGUAGUUGAUAAGCAUAGUCUUUUGUUUUUUUUAACAUUCUUUAUACCACAGUGGGGUAUAGAAAAACUAAUUUCCGUUUGACCGAAAAAAGAAAAAGAAAAAAAGAAAAGCUUGUAUA